AUGAACUUCAACGGAUUCCAAAGCAUGGGCGACGUGGGUGGCCUGCUCGCCCUGGAGGGCAGCGGCAACACCAAGCGCAAGCCGGUGGAGCUGGCGAGGGCUCUCGAGCUCCAAGCGAACGCUUUCUCUGGCAGGGAUGCCAAGUUCAUCACGGUUGCGGCCCUCAGCCGCAACACUUACACCCUGCCCGCCGCAAACAUCAUCGCUGCUGUGCUGAAGGAGCUCCCAAGUUUGAUUAAGAUCGAUUUCAGCGACAUCAUCGACGCUGCGCAGAACAACACGGGAACCGGGGUCUUCAAGGCGUUCUGCGAAGGCGUCUAUGACAAGAAAAUUUCGCUAUUCGACAUGGGCGAAAACACCCUCACCCCGGAAAGCGUGGAGGACUGCCGCCCGAUAAUCGAAUCGGACCACAUGCGCGAUCUCCUGCUGGUCAACAGCAACCUCUCGGGACCUUCCAUGAUCCAACUCACCUGGUGA